UAUUUCGAUACGAAGACAUUCCAUUAUUUCCUUUUCGACGUAACCCUGACUAAUUCGCCGUAAUUAUUUUUCUUUCUUGUAGAAUCUGAUACGUCGAAGCUGCCAACUAAAAUGGGACACGGCUUUGGACAUAAUGGAUCCAAUCGCGGACUUACGGAAAAAUUCCCUCUUGGAUGAUCGUUAAAGAAAUAAAUUAAUAAAGGGGCUUAUUUACUUACUAUAAAAGUGGAGCCUUCAGGAAACGCCACAUAUCGCUUAUGUCUUUUUAGCACAUGUUGAUCAGUGAAGUCGGCAACUGAAUCCGCAGGAAAGUAAUUUAAAAAAAGUGCCAAAACCACAAAUAUAUGUCGAUCCAUUUUACUCUAUGUGUCUAAGAACGGAUGAAAUAAACUGUACAUUUUGCCAAUGGAAAUGUUCAAACACAUAACGGUUAACUAACCAAUAUUUUACAAUCAAAUUAGAGUACAGAAGUAAAACAAACACAUAACUGAGCUCCAUAAGUUACAGCACUAACUAUUCAUAUUUUCUAGCAUUUUAUGAAUAUUUAUUUUCAAUUAUUUAAUUCAAAAAAAUUAAUAUAGUGCAAUUAAAAGGCUAAAAAAUACUCUCCUACUUUCAUCAAUUAGGAUCAUUUAAUGCAGUCUAGUUUUCUUUAGCCCACUUUCACGAAUCGAUUGGAGGCAUUUCACUGAUCAGAACCAUUGAAACCUAAUCUACUGAAUAGCUAAAUGGGUAUUACAAAAAUAGUUCGUUUAUUUGUUAUGUGCACACUUCUGUUACAAGUGGAGAGUAAGGGAGCAAAGCUACAUCGAAAAAAGCGGUAUGUAGCUUUUCCUGAAGGAGCUUCAUUUUCAGCAGUAUACUGUUUAACAUUUCAAAUGGGUAUCACAGAUGGGGCCAGAAUUUUCACAGAAGGAAUCAAUUGGGGAUUGGUGUACGACUUACCCAAUGAUACAAAGCCAUUCAUUGAUGGUUAUGGUCCAGCACUAAAAAGGAGAAAUCGUAGGGAACUGUAUACUAAAGUGGAAGACAUUCUUAAUUCAAUGGGUUAYAAUGGCCGAACUUGCAUUUUGCGUGCUUUAUGUGAAGCCAGUAAACACUUAAAGUYCCGAGAAGACAGUCUUCUACAUCACAUCCUGGGAUUAAUCUUUCGAUAUCCUAAAGAGCCAGUUGCAUCAAAUGAGCCAGAUGAUCAUAGACUUUACCAUUGGGCAGCCCAUAUGGCCAGUUCUCCGGAUAAUGAUGAUGAUGUUGAUUGCGCCAAGGAGUGUUCUGAUAUAUUCUACUGCCCAUUUUCUCUUAUAGAUCUAGCUCUAGGUCACUAUUCCAGAUUUGAUGAGCCCACUGAUAAUUCCAUUGAUCCUAGAAUUAUGAAAAUCAUUUAUUGGUUUAUUCUUAGCUGUUGCGUGAUUGUUGUGAAAACUACUCAAAAUGACUACAAGGAAAGAAAAUUAACUAGAGUGAGGAGAUAUCUAGCGUUUCCAGAAGGAGCUGUCUUUUCGGCCGUAUUUUGCUUAACCAACCUCAUGGGGAUCACCCCAGGUUCGGAUAUCUUUUCCAUGAAUAUAAAUUGGGGAUUACUUUACGAACUCCCCAAUGAAACCAAACCGUUAUUGGACGUUUAUAAACCAGCUAUGAAGAGAAGAAAUCGAAGAGAUCUGUACAGCAGAAUUGAAAAAGUUUUAAAUUCGAUGGGAUAUGAUGGUCGAUCCUGCAUUCUUCAUAGUUUGUGUGAAGCAGAGGAACGCUUUCUUAAAAAAGAAGAUAAUUUGGUAUAUAAUAUACUGAAGCUACUUUUCAGGUUUCCACAAGAACCACUACUUAAGCAUGAACCAGACAUUCAUCAUGCUUAUCACUACGCAUCGCAGAUUGGGAGGUCGCAACCGGACGAUGUGAAAAACGGAGUGAAUCAGUGUUCAGAGAUAUUUAGAUGUCCAUUUUCCUUAAUAGAUUUAGCGUUAGGUUAUUAUUCCAAUACUGAUAAUAUUAUAUCUUAACCAGAUA